GAUUAGAUACAUAGUUCAAAUUUUAACACACUGAGAGUACGUUAUCGCCUCUUUCAUUGGCGGAUGAAGAACUGGGUUAUCAGUGCGCUUGUGGUACUCGACAGUGUUGCUCCUGUUCAUCAAAUUGAAGGCGCACAUGGCUGGUUGGUCUCCUAAUAGCCCCAGCGUAUUUCCAGAGCCGUUGCAGAGGUGGAGCUAUUUCACCGUUCCACAGUACUGUCGCUGCAACACAACAGCGCGAUGCACUUGGGCUGUGGGAAGGCGGCAGCUAGGUGACAGGAGCUGCACUUUCGGUGUGCGUGAGUACAGUGUGCGGUGCGCGCUUAGGCGGCGGGGCGGGCUAUUUGCGUCCACGGCCGACCAUUGUCCCUCUGCGGGUAGGGACGCCUGCCAAACAGACGCUGCAGGUCAGGGGGGCGGCGCAAGUGCCACAUGGCUAACCUAACCGAGAAGCGCUGUAGCGGUGUACAAGUAAGAAGGUGGCUGCGCUGUGCAUUCUGCGCAGGGAGGGCCGGAAGGUGCUUUUGCGGC